GUGCGCUACGCCAAACACGUAACGCGCGUUUACCCUACUCUUUCGUCGGACGAUGAGUAUUCCCCUUCCUCCAGGAUGGGAAAUGAAAUUGGACAGCAGAUCGGGCAAACGAUUUUUUAUUAACCACACGACAAAGAAGACUACUUGGGAGGAUCCAAGAUCGGUGAAAUCUGGGCCACAGGCAAUUCCUCUACGUGAUCUGAGUUACAGGGAGCCGUCGAAGGGCUCGCCUCUUUUAUCGACCAGCUUUGGGGGACGUUCUGUGCCAAGAAGUCAAGAGAUUCAAGUGAAGACACACGAACUUCAGAAGAGGUUUCCAACAGCACCACUGAAUCAAAUCAGAGCAGCACUGAACAGUUUGGAUGGAAACGUUGAGGCCACUGCACAUCGCCUGAAACUCUUCGGCUAUCGAGAUGAAUCUGCAAUAGCCGCUGCUUCAGCUGCUGCUUCAGCUGCAGCUAAAUCAGCGACAAGUGAGGCUAGAAGACAAUAUCGGAAACGAAUUGAAGACAGAAUGUGCAAGGAGUUUCCUUCGCUACCAAGAGAAACUGUUCUCAUUGCGCUAGAAGCUCAUGAGUAUAACGAGAAACAAGCAAAAGAGUCUCUCAAGAUGCAAUUCCAACCAAAGACAGCACCACAACCAACAAAACAGACGACACACUCAAGUGCCACACGAAACGAGCCAACUGCAUUUCCAAGCGUGACAAAAACUAUAACACAAGCUGAGAAGAACAGAAUCAAGUCAAAGCUGAGGGCCGAAUUUCCUCAUCUGGAUGAAAUGGAUCUUAACACUGCAUUGAAUCUGACUGAUUAUGAUGAGAACUUGACUAGAAGUGUGUUGAAAGCCAGCAGCAGUGUGAAUCUGUCUCAAGAUACAUCUAGAAGAACUCCAGCCACAACGGCAUAUUUUGUGAGCACGUCUUCUACAGCAACUACAACGACAUCGACAAUGCCGACGUCAUUGGGGCCAGUCCAAUUCUCUCAAUCAUACUCUCCAGUUACUUUUGGUGACGACUCAACCACAGCAUCUGCAAUCCCAGAUGUAUCACUAGAAGACCUCAUUAGCGACCUCACAGAACUCUCAAUGUCGAUUUCAGACUCGCUGGUGUCAAGCUCUUCAACUCCUGCCGUUUCUGUUGCAUCUAUUGCCCCUACGGUCACUGUUGCACCUAUUGCACGUACGGUCACUGUUGCUCCAAGUAGACCACGUUAUGAACGAGCAGCAAGAGAGAGACGAACUCAUGUCGUGAGACCGGUGGUGCUGAACAUGUCGGGUCAAUUUGUAUCGCCACUGAGAUCCACACCAAGAGGUCCAGAUCCUUUGUUGUAUGUGGGUAGCAAUGAUGAGCUGUUGAGGUCAGAUCACACUCAGAUUUGUGGUCAUGAUCCACAGCUGGUACACGGGCCAGACAGAAGGAAUGUGAAGGGACCAGCUGCUAGAAUGCGUUCAAGACAGCGAGUUUACUUAGGUCCGCAGUGUGGCCUUAGUUUGGGACCGAAUCCAGACUACUACAAAGGUCCAACUAUCUACCAUGCAGCGUCGACUACCAUCUGAUAUUUCACUUAAGCAAACUUGCUGCGUACGUUGCCAUAUCACCAUGUUUCAUGUUCAAUUUAUAUCAACAUUCUUUUCACUAGUUAACGCUAUCAAACUGCUACACAGUCACUCUAUAUAGAUGCUUGCGACCUGCUCUGCCAUUUCGCAUAUUUGUAGAGAAAUAAUAAAAAUAAAAUAAAUUUUAAUGUGAAAA